GUCGUCGUCGCGGCGCCCCAUCCUCCUCCCGCCGCCAUCAUGUUUGCUGCCGCCCUGUCACACGCCCCGUCUCUAACGCCCCAAGAGGCGCUUUCCGGCGUCUUCGGCUCUAUCUCGCUGGCUUCGUGGAUCUUUCUCUUGGUCCCACAGCUCAUUGAGAACUACACCUCGGGCUCUGCCGAUGGCAUCUCGCUCGCCUUCUUGAUUGUCUGGUUCAUUGGCGACAUUACCAACCUCGCAGGCGCGCUCUGGGCUGGUCUCGUCCCUACCGUCAUUGCCCUUGCCAUCUACUUUUGCUUUGCCGACCUUGUCCUCAUUUCGCAAUGCCUCUACUACAACAUGAAGAACGCCCGCCGUGAGCGCAAGGCCUCGACCCGCUCCACCGACAGCAUCCACGCCCCUCUGCUUGGACGCCGCGACAGCAGCAACAUUGGCCUCCCCGGCAGUCACAGGCGCGACUCGGCCGCCAGCCGCAGACGCCGCGCCAGCUCCCUGCCCACCAUUCCCGACGUCAAUGACACUUCAAGCGAGUGGCUCAAGAACACCCUGAGCAUCCUCGGUGUCUGUGCCGUCGGCGCUGCAGGCUGGGCCAUUGCCUGGAAAACCGGCGUCUGGGUCCCCCAGCCCACCCACGACGACAACAACGCUCCCGACGACAGUCCUCUCGGUGCCCAGAUCCUAGGCUACGCAAGCGCCAUUUGCUACCUUGGAGCCCGCAUUCCCCAAAUCAUCAAGAACCAGCGUGAAAAAUCCUGCGAGGGCCUUUCCCUCCUCUUCUUCAUGCUCAGCUUGCUCGGCAAUGCUACCUAUGGUGCAGGAAUCAUCUUCCACUCGCAGGAAAAACAAUACAUCCUGACCAAUCUCCCCUGGCUCAUUGGUUCUCUCGGCACAAUGGUCGAAGAUGUCACCAUUUUCAUCCAAUUCCGCGUCUUUGGAACCGGAGAUGCUUCUUCAGCUCUUGAUGCUUGAGUCUCAAUCUCUCUCUCUGUCUGUCUGUCGUCUGAUGUAAAAAAAAAGUUAUCUGCUUGUUUGUACAUGGUAUGGUCCCGAGUAUUUUGACUCCCAUCUAUCCAUCCAUCUCUCUGUCCAUCUAUCUAUCUGUCUGUAUUUUGACCUGGAAUGAGAGAAAGAAAAGUUUUUGUAUCCAUCUACAUUGUUCUGGAGUUUUUGUUUUUCUUUCAGUCUAGCUUAGCGCUGUAUCAUCCAUCCAUCCAUCUCCAUCAUUCCUAUACUAUCCAUCCAUCUAUCUUCGUUCAGUUCUUGCCUCAAAGAUUAUACCCCAUUUCUACACGCCACGAAUCUUGCACAACUGGAAAAAAGAAAAGAAAAUCGAUGAGAAGAAGAAAAAGGAAAAAAAGAAAAGGGAGUUCAACGCCUUGGUCUGAAUUACCUUUACGCGUGUAUGGAGGUAUAG